GUCACACCCAUUUCUUGUGUCAGUCUCCCUCUCCCUCUCUCCGAUCCUCUCUACUAGCAGAGAGGCAAGUUCAAUCUUCUAGCUAGCAGCAUCGGAGAAGGCAGAGCUCGACUGACACAAUGGCGGGAGGCCAGCUCAACGUGCUGACCACACUCGACCAGGCCAAGACACAAUGGUACCAUUUCAUGGCGAUCGUCAUCGCCGGCAUGGGGUUCUUCACCGACGCAUACGAUUUGUUCUGUAUCGCGCUCGUGACCAAGCUCCUCGGCCGCAUCUACUACUCCGACCCCACCUCCAAGGACCCCGGCAGCCUCCCGCCCAACGUGUCGGCCGCCGUGACCGGCGUCGCCCUCUGCGGCACGCUGGCGGGACAGCUCUUCUUCGGCUGGCUCGGCGACAAGCUCGGCCGCAAGAGCGUCUACGGCUUCACCCUCAUCCUCAUGGUGCUCUGCUCCGUCGCGUCCGGCCUCUCGUUCGGGCAUACGCCCAAGGGCGUCAUCGCCACGCUCUGCUUCUUCCGCUUCUGGCUCGGCUUCGGCAUCGGCGGCGACUACCCGCUGAGCGCCACCAUCAUGUCCGAGUACGCCAACAAGAAGACCCGCGGCGCCUUCAUCGCCGCCGUGUUCGCCAUGCAGGGGUUCGGCAUCCUCUUCGGCACCAUCGUGGCGCUCGCCGUCUCGGCGGCGUUCCGGAACGCGUUCCCGGCCCCGCCCUACUUCGUGGACGCCCAGGCGUCGCUCGUCCCGGAGGCCGACUAUGUCUGGCGCGUCAUCCUCAUGUUCGGCACCGUCCCGGCCGCGCUCACCUACUACUGGCGCAUGAAGAUGCCCGAGACGGCGCGGUACACGGCGCUCAUCGCCCGCAACACGAAGCAGGCCACGGCCGACAUGGCCAAGGUGCUCAAGAAGGAGAUCGAGAAAGAGGAUGAGCAGGUGGAGCGCCAGGUGGUCGGCGCCGACACAUGGGGCCUCUUCUCGGCGCAGUUCCUCCGGCGCCAUGGCCUCCACCUGUUGGCCACCAGCAGCACGUGGUUCCUGCUGGACAUCGCCUUCUACAGCCAGAACCUCUUCCAGAAGGACAUCUUCACCAAGGUCGGGUGGAUACCGCCGGCGAGGACCAUGAACGCCAUCGAGGAGGUGUACCGCAUCUCGCGCGCCCAGGCGCUGAUCGCGCUCUGCGGCACCAUCCCGGGCUACUGGUUCACCGUCGGCCUCAUCGACAUCGUGGGCAGGUUCUGGAUCCAGAUCAUGGGCUUCUUCAUGAUGACCGUGUUCAUGCUCGCGCUCGGGGUGCCGUACGAGCACUGGACCAAGGCGUCCAACCACACCGGCUUCGUCGUCCUCUACGGGCUCACCUUCUUCUUCGCAAACUUCGGGCCCAACAGCACCACCUUCAUCGUGCCGGCCGAGAUCUUCCCGGCGAGGCUCCGGUCCACGUGCCACGGCAUAUCGGCAGCGGCCGGCAAGGCCGGCGCCAUCAUCGGCGCGUUCGGGUUCCUGUACGCGGCGCAGGACCCCAAGAAGCCCGACCAUGGCUACUCGCCGGGCAUCGGCAUCCGCAACACGCUCUUCGUGCUCGCCGGAACCAACUUCCUGGGCAUGCUCAUGUCGGUGUUCGUGCCGGAGUCCAAGGGCAUGUCGCUUGAGGAGAUCUCCAAGGAGAACGUGGAUGAUGAAGCUGAGGCCGAAGUGUAGAGAGACCGUCUGCACCUCUGCGUGCAGAUGCACAUGUGAAUUGUGUUGUGAUGCACCGAUGGUGUUGUGUGGUUUUGCUUGUGUCACUGUAUCUGCGCAUACGCUACGAAUAACCGUAUCUGGCUGGCUGGCUGGCCAUGCUCGCGCGUGCGUGUCUGGGUGCUCGUGUGCAGCAAAUCAAUCAGCCGCUGUGUGAUUUGCUACCUUUUGAUAUUGUUGCUGAUUAUGUAAUAAUUCAAAACUAUUAUGGGUAAUUUCUCGAUUUUGUGUGUU